GUAAUCGCGAACACAUCAGUUCUGCGAUGUUAGAAAGAGAUAUCAAUAUUUGUUUAGUAGCCAUCUUGAAAAUCACGCCACUCUCAGUGCCAGUCAGUAAUACAAGUGAACCGGCCGCACGCGUGGAUCAAGAUGCCUCGACAUUAUGUACGAAAAACGGCAACAAAAUAUAACUUAGAAGAUCUCCAAAAAGCAAUCGAAGAUAUCAAAACCAACAAAAUAAGUCUAGGAAGAGCAUCGCAGAUUUAUUCAGUGCCAAAACUACAAUUUUUGACCAUUUGAAAAAGGAUGUAAUACGAGUACCGAAAACUGGAAGAAAGCCAUUAUUUACUGAAGCACAGGAGUUGGAACUCGAGGACUAUAUUUUGAAAUGUAGUAAAUUAUUUUAUGGAUUAACGAUCAAGAAGGUUCGCAAAAUAGUUUUCCAAUUUGCAGAGCGUAAUAAACUGCCUCAUAACUUUGAUAAAAUUAAUAAGCUAGCUGGAAAAGACUGGUAUUAUAAUUUUAUGAAAAGGCAUCCUAGAAUAUCUUUGAGAAGACCUGAAGCAACAUCUUUAAAUCGUAUUAAUGCUUUCAAUAAGGCUGAUGUUAAAGUAUUCUAUGAUAAUUUGAAGGACAUACAAAAUAAACAUCACAUACAACCUGAUAAGAUAUUUAACGUUGACGAGACAAGCAUAUCAACGGUGCAAAAGAAUUCGAAAAUAUUGGCAGAAAGAGGUGAAAAACAAGUAGGCAAGGCAACAAGUGCCGAAAGAGGAUCUACAACCACUGUUGUUUGUGCUAUUAGCGCCGCUGGUCAAUACAUACCUCCAUUUUUUAUUUUCAAACGAAAACGGAUGAACGCUUUAUUAUUAAAAGGUAGUAAUCCUAACAUGGUGGCUUCUGUAUCAGACUCUGGAUGGAUUAAUGACAGCUUAUUCAUUGACUGGCUACAGCAUUUCAUUUCUUACGCAAAACCUUCAUUGACUAAUCAAGUACUGCUGAUUUUAGACAAUCACGAGAGUCACAUCAGUCUUGGUGCAUAUAAUCUCUGCAGAGACAACGGAAUUAUCAUGCUAACCCUGCCACCACAUACCUCACACAAACUCCAGCCUCUGGAUUUGACAUUUUUUGGACCUCUGAAGAGUGCAUACUAUCAAGAAUGUGAGAACUAUAUGUCAGAUCGGCUUGGUAAACCUAUCACACAAUAUGAAAUAGUAGAAUUAUUUACAAAUGCCUUUAAUCGAUGUAGCAACCUUGAAAAGGCAGCCAGCGGAUUCAAAUCUGCAGGAAUUUAUCCCUACCGGCCUGUUGAUAUUGAUACAAUUCAGCCAUACUGUUCACAAAAUACUUCAUUUCAGAUAACAAGAACACAAACACAAAACAGUGCGAUCAAUAACCAAGUAUCAGAUAAUCAAAUCGCCAAUGACAGCAUUGUCGAAGUAGCAACAAUUGAACAACAAGCUCCAGUUCUUCAAAAUUUAGUUCCUGAUCCUCAAAACUUGAUUUCACAAGAUUGCUCCGAACAAGUCUCUCUAUCUGAUAUUGUUGAAUUGCCAGUUAUGUCUCCCAAAAUAUAUAAGCGUAACAUAAGGAAAAAAAAAUCUAUCAUUUUAACUAGCACACCUAUAAAAGAUCGACUCGAAGAAAAAGAAAAUAAGAAACGACAAAGAGAAAGUAAAGACACUGAGAAAAAGUCAAAGAAACAGGCUGAAACGAAAAGACGGAAACGUGAAGACGAAAAUAGAAAGGAAACGAGAAAAGUACGGAAAAAUUUAAAGAAUAUUGGAGACUUUGGCCAUUUGGAGGAGAAAUAUAAAAAAACGGAAAAAGAAAAGAACAAAAACGAUGAGUAUUUUUGUAUUUUUUGUAACGAAAAAUAUAACAAUUCUGAAACUUGGAUAAUGUGUCAUGUGUGCAAGAAUUGGGCCCAUGAGCUAUGUACCGAUCAACAAUCGACGUCAACAGGCUAUAAAUGUGAUCUCUGUCGUACCUAAUUGAAGACUGAUUAAAUCUCUGUCGUACCUAAUAGAUAGGAUAGGAUAUGCUAAAUGUCCUAGAUAGAAAAUUUGACAAAUUGAAGACUGAUUAAAGAUAAUUAAUGUUAGUUCGUAAUUACCCCCCUUGCCGUUCGUGUUUACCCUACGCAUGUCGGGUAAAUACGAACAGCAAGGGUUUUGCUAUUCGCUUAAAAUGUUACCUUUUAUAUAAGAAAUAUCAAUGUUGAUUCUUUAAAUUGUUACUCAUAUAGUUUAUCUUGCUAAAAAAGUAUGAUGAUAAAGCAUUCGUCAUUAUUCUGCUGUGUUAUUUCAAUUCUUCCUUAGGUGUUCGC